UCCUCCUCCCAGCUCUGUCUUGGCCUGCUCAGAAGCUUCCGCCCCGUUAGCCUAAACGCCCGGCCCCCUCCUCAGGCCCGCUUUGCGGGGCAGACCCGCGAGCCUGGAGCGCGGCGGCUCCUUUUCCCCCGGGAUCCGUGGCGGACACAGUGUGACCUUGGGCAAAUCUUGCUUGCCGGGCCUCAGUUUCCCUACUUGCAGGAGGGAGUUGGGGGUGGGAAGUGAAUUUAAUGAGCUGAAUGGCCCCGUCCCAGCUCUCACAUCCUGAGGCUUUGUGACUUGCUGGGCAGGGUGGGGACAUGAAAGGGUCCUUAACACAGUCCCCACAUUAUCACUGUACCCAGCAGGUCUUAGCCAUGAACUCCCCUGGAGGAAGGAGGCAGGAAGCUGCAGGACCCAGGGGUAGAAGGGCUCACAGACCCCGGGAACAGCGGGUCACUCAGAGUUCAGGGUGGGCAGCAGGGCAGGAGCACUACAGGGACCAGGGGCCACCUCUGGGCUCUUACAGGACCGAGAUGUGCAACUGUCCAAGGCUUUGUCCUAUGCUCUGCGUCACGGGGCCCUGAAGCUGGGGCUUCCCAUGAGGGCUGAUGGCUUCGUGCCCCUGGAUGCCCUCCUCCAGCUGCCCCAGUUCUGCGGCUUCUCAGCUGAGGAUGUUCGGCGCGUGGUGGACACCAACCAGAAGCAGCGGUUCGCCCUGCAGCCAGGGGACCCCAGCACUGGCCCUCUCAUCCGGGCCAAUCAGGGUCACUCCCUGCAGGUACCUGAGUUGGAGCUGAUGCCCCUGGAGACCCCCCAGGCCCUGCCCCUGACGCUCGUCCAUGGCACAUUCUGGCGGCACUGGCCUUCCAUCCUGCUCAAGGGCCUGUCCUGCCGGGGAAGGACACAUAUCCACCUGGCCCCAGGACUGCCUGGGGACCCCGGUGUCAUCAGUGGCAUUCGGCCAAAUUGCGAAGUGGCCGUGUUCAUCGAUGGGCCCCUGGCCCUGGCAGACGGGGUCCCCUUCUUCCGCUCUGCCAACGGAGUGAUCCUGACUCCGGGGAACGCCGAUGGCUUCCUGCUUCCCAAGUACUUCAAGGAGGCCCUGCAGCUACGCCCUACCCGAAAGUCCCUGUCCUUGGCUGGUGAUGAAGAGACCGAGCGUCAGCGUGGCCCCAAGCACAGCGCCAGAGGAAAAAGGAUGACCCAACAAUAAAAUAUUUAUUUAAAAAAAAAAAAAAAA